UAGGAAGCCUUCCUCUCUCUCUCUCCUCUCUCUCUCUCUCUCUCUCUCUCAAGAAUGGCUACGGCACCAACUAUCCAAGGCAUGUGCUCAUCAUUUCUUACCUGCUGUCUUCAAAAUAAGUUCUCCCUCUCUCAAUCCCUCAAGCUCGGACAAAGCCGCCGCCCAGCUUCCUAUCCCCGCAUUAGGGCCCUAGAGCUCGACCAGAACACGGUCGUCGCCAUCUCUGUCGGCGUUGUCAGCGUUGCCUUCGGCAUAGGAAUCCCACUUUUCUAUGAGACCCAGAUCGACAAUGCGGCUAAGCGAGAGAAUACACAGCCUUGCUUUCCCUGUAAUGGAUCCGGAGCUCAGCAAUGCAGGUUUUGCACUGGAAAAGGAACUGUAACUGUAAUUGUUGGUGGAGGAGAAAGUGAAGUAUCCCAAUGCAUCAAUUGUGAAGGCGCUGGAGCUUUAACAUGCACCACAUGCCAAGGAAGUGGCAUUCAGCCACGUUAUCUUGAUCGAAGAGAGUUCAAGGACGAUGAUUGAAAUCUAUCAACUAAAUAAGAGAGUUCAAGGAUGAUGAUUGAAAUCUAUCAACUGAAUAAUAAGGUAUGAAGAACUCCAAAUGACAUUAUGAUAGCCAUUUAAGUUAUUUUGACUUUAUUUGUUGUAUUUGAUGUGCCCUAUUGCUGCUGUGACUACGAGGAAGCCCCACUUUUCUUAACGUAACUCGGUCAAUUUUGUAUAAUUAUCAUGUAUGAUGGUAUGGGAUCAUACAACAAUGGUUUUGCUCAAGAAACCAGUCAUAGUUUUUUCCAGUUGAGAAUAAUAUCUAUGAUUUGUAACAUUGUUUUAUGUUAAUUAGGUAGAAUAGAAAAUUUAUCAUAA